AUGACUUCCGGCGGGAAGGAGCCGUGCGAUGCGCCUCACAAGAGCAAGGCUGACGAACCGCAGCAGCAACAACAUGUCGCACCCACAAUCUCGUCGCCGUUCAACUUCCCCACGGAUACAGAGCUGCCGUCCUACCUCACUGCUGUCUCCUCGGAGUCUAAGCAAAGCGGGCCUGUGAUCGCCAUCCCUCAACUGAAGGCCGAGGCCUCGUCACCUUUCAUCAACGUCUACCCACCUCUUCUGCUGAGCCAUGGGAUUACAAAGGACACCUGGCGGUCCUUCCUGGACACCAUAUCGGCCUUUCUGACCGCCAAGGUCUCGGACCGUGCCAUCAGCCAUGCGGGCGACAUGGCAAAGCACCUGUACAAGUCACCGAAGCGUAUCACAAAGGGGCUCGCGACGCACGUCAAAGACGUGGGCAAGGGCAUCGCCACCAGUGCCAAGCAGGGGAAUAUUCUUGGUGCUGCCUUUGGUGCUGUGGGCGGCGCGGUGUCCAUCCCAGUCGUCACAGCCUUUGGCAUCAUAGGGGCAGCUGCCGAGCUGCCUGGCUCCGCCGUCGGGGCCAUUGUCAAGAAGCCGCGAACACCAGGGCAAAGGGCUGCCGCCUACGCAGAGGUCGCCAACAAGAAGUGGCUGAAUGCCCGGGGGCUGGAAGCGCGCAUGUUCGACACCAACGAGCUUGCGCAAUUCUUGGGCGUCCCUGUGCUUGAUCUGAUCAACGCCGCUCAGGGCACCAACAUGAAGGGAGAGAAUGCGAGUGAUCAACUGGCCGCGCUCGAGAGAUGGGUGGCACCUCUUGAGGUGGUCGCGGAGUCGCCUCGUCUCGCUCUGGAGACACACACGAUUUGGCUUGUGCUCGUGACAUGGACUACUGGAGGAGUUGAGGGUACGGGAGAUGAAUGA